GCAGGCGUCGCCAUCUGCCGGUGCCGGUUCCCGGCUCGCUUGCCGACAACACGCUGAGCACAAGCUCGCGUCUCGUCGCGUCGCGCGCGCACUCGCACUCGCGCUCACGCUCAUUCACUGAGCCAUUACUCAGCUCACCAACUCCAGAUCUCAUGGCGCACUCGAGCUGCCACCGCUCCGUCCUCCUCCCCACGACCAUGGCCACGGCGUGCUUCGCCCUUGUUCUUCUCCUCGCGCUCUGCGCAGCGCCGGCCCCGGCCCACGCCGCGCGCGCCCUGACGCCGGGCCGCGCGGGCGCGGUGACCAAGGCGCAGCAGGGUGGCACCGGCAGCAACGCGACGUCGGCGGCGGCGGACGAGUACCUGGCGCCGCACAACCAGGCGCGCGCGGCGGUGGGCGUGCCCCCGCUGCGGUGGAGCGCGGACCUGGCGUCGACCGCAGCGGCGGUCGUGGCGCAGCAGCAGCGGCAGGUCGGGUGCGCGUUCGUGGACAUGGGCGGCAGCCCCUACGGCGCGAACCAGGGGUGGGCGAGCUACCGCGCGCGGCCCGCCGAGGUGGUGGCGUCGUGGGUGGCGCAGGGGCGGUACUACACCCACGCCAGCAACACCUGCGCCGCGGGGCGGCAGUGCGGCACCUACACGCAGGUGGUGUGGCGCCGCUCCGCCGAGCUCGGGUGCGCGCAGGCGUCCUGCGCCACCGGCGCCACGCUCACGCUCUGCCUCUACAACCCGCACGGCAACGUGCAGGGACAGAGCCCCUACUAGCUUACUAGCCUCGGUGGCGAGCGGCCGGCCGGCCGAUCAGGUUGGUGGGGCUCCGUCCUGUUGAGCCGCCGAUGCCGGCGCCGGCGCCGGAGCGCGAUGCGGCAUGGUUACUUGGUUAGAGUAAGAGACGCCUACGUAGUUCUAGCCCUUUCCUGCACGGUUAGGCUUUGCUUUUGUGUUCGUGGUGUGUGUGUGUGUGUGUGAUCCGGUGGUGUUCUUGGUGUUCAGAACUGCUUUGGUUAACAUGUGCUGCACUGGGAGACGCUUGCGAUGUGGUGCUGCUUCCUGUUCCUUGCGAUUUUUUCGCUUCGUGAAUGGGGCAACCGACACACUGGCAAAAGCGAAUUGAUCGCCCCCUUUCUUUCAGGCGAGUGGAUUGUCAAUUGCUGGCGUUUCUUUA